AUGAGUCGCAGCAUCGUGCGGCAGAGUAAGUUUCGCCACGUCUUCGGCCAGACGGUCAAGGCCGAACAGGGCUACGAUGACAUCCGUGUGUCCAAGGUGACGUGGGACAGCUCCUUCUGCGCUGUCAACCCAAAGUUCCUGGCGGUCAUCGUCGAAUCGAGCGGGGGAGGAGCGUUCCUGGUGCUGCCGCUCUCCAAGUCUGGUCGUGUGGAUAAGAACUACCCGCUGGUGAUCGGACACUCUGGACCCGUCCUCGACAUCGACUGGUGCCCUCAUGAUGACAACAUCCUGGCCAGCUGCUCGGAGGACUGCACCGCAAUGGUGUGGCAGAUCCCAGAUCAUGCACUGACCCGCCCCCUCUCCGACCCCAUCGUGGUCCUGGAGGGACACUCCAAACGUGUCGGCAUCGUCACCUGGCACCCCACCGCACGCAACAUACUCCUCACUGCGGGCAGUGAUAACCUGAUUAUCGUCUGGAACGUGGGGACUGGCGAGGCCCUCCUCUCCAUGGACGACCACCCAGACCUCAUCUACAGCAUCAGCUGGAACCGAAACGGCAGCUUGUUCUGCACCACCUGUAAGGACCGACGUCUGCGCGUCUGCGACCCCCGCAAGAGGGAGGUGGUGGCGGAGCGUCUGGCUCCACACGAGGGGAUCCGACCAAUGAGAGCCAUCUUCACCAGAGACGGAAACAUCUUCACCACGGGGUUCACCAGGAUGAGCCAGAGAGAACUCGGGCUCUGGGACCCGACAAAUUUCGAGGAGCCCAUUGCGCUGUUGGAGCUGGACACAAGUAAUGGCGUGUUGUUACCAUACUAUGAUGCAGACGCAAACAUGGUCUACCUGUGUGGAAAGGGCGACAGCAGUGUCCGUUACUUUGAGAUCACAGACGAGCCGCCGUACGUCCAUUAUCUUAGCACCUUCAGCAGUAAGGAGCCCCAGAGGGGGAUGGGCUUCAUGCCCAAGAGAGGUGUGGACGUCACCAAGUGUGAGAUUGCCAGGUUAUUUAAGCUUCUCGACAAGAAGUGUGAGCCCAUCACGAUGACGGUGCCCAGAAAAUCAGACCUCUUCCAGGAUGACCUGUACCCGGACACGGCGGGGCCCGAGCCCGCUAUGGAGGCCGAGGAGUGGCUGGAUGGCCGCGACGAAGACCCGAUCCUGGUGUCCAUGAGGGGGGGCUACGUGGCGCCCAAGAGCCGAGAGCUCAAAGUGGCGAGGAAGAACGUGCUGGACUCCAGACCCACCACCCGACGCAGCAUGUCCACUCUGGAGACCAACAGUCUGCCGCCCGAGUUGCUUCAGAGGUUGUUGGAGGAGAUGCAGAAUCUGAAGGCCACAGUUUUGUCUCAGGAGAAGAGAAUCUGUGACUUGGAGAAUAAGCUUUCCCAGUACACCAAUGGCACCGACUGACGUGCAUUAAAACUCUAAAACCUU